UCCGUUCACCCACGCGUUUCGAAUAGUAAGCCUUUUCUAAACUGAUUAAUUCGUAGCAAGUUGGAAUAAAACGGUAAUUCCUGUGCGAAAAAUUGAGAAGCAUCCUUAUGAUUACAAGCGACAAGAGAGUGAUGGUUGUGGAAAGGAAGUGGAAAAUAUGAGUACAUCAAUGAUUUUUAUCGGAUUGUUGAUCUUUGAAGCAUGUAGCGACGCCAGUCCUACACCAAUCGGCGAGAGCCAGACAUGUUUCAGGUGUCAAAAUAGCGCGCUCGGAGAGGCGUGUAACCACACACAAACGUGCAGUCCGGAUCAGGGGGCGUGCAUCUCACAGAUUUCUUUUACGGAAGAUGACCUGUGGGUAACUCGCGCAUGCGCGAUUCGUACCAUUUGCGAGAACUCGGAGAAGAACAAUGCCGACGAGUGUUACUGGGAGGAUCCGGUCUCCUACGGGUUCGAGGGGAAGUGCUCAUUCUGCUGUAGUCUUAAUGAUUGCAACGCCGACCUGCCCGCCAACUUUCGGUUGCUACUCGACAAGUCGGAGGACCUUAGCGACACCGAUGUUAUUAGACGGCUAAGGGCAGCGCCAAAACCAGGUGGAACAACACGACCGAAGCCAGGUGGUACCACAAGGCCUAAACCAGGUGGUCCAAAACCAGAUGAAACAACGCGACCACCAACCAAAACACCGCCAAGUAGCCCGAAAUUUACUAACCAAUCGGCAACCAAUCAACCGUCAACAUACCCACCGGCAACAAAUCCACCGCCAACCAAUCAAGCCCAAACCAACCAACCAAACACUAAAACACGGGUAAACAAUUCAUUGCUAACAAGCCCGUCAAAUCCAACGGCAACCAAGCUCCCACAUAAACCAACGUCAGAUGGCGUUGCGACGCAUGGUGACUCAGGCGAUAGAAGCAGUUCCGAAAGCUCAAAAGAGGGCGGACGUGGGGACCACUCGCAUAACGGGAAAGGAUGUAAAUGCAAAGGCACACAGUCAAUAGACGUCGAUGUUAAGAUCCACAUUGGGCGUAAUCAGCUCAAUGAUGGAAAAUCAUCUUCAGUAGGGAAGUCUGAACAUACGGAUCACGGGAAGCAUCCCAAUAGACCGAGUAAUAAAACACCAACCUCUCAACCACAUGCACACCACUCAGCUUCUACUGUCAAACUUUCUACGGCCCAACCAUCGACACAACAAGCCGCAACACAGCCGCCUUCUACAACCCGACAACCAAACACGCAGCCAACGUCAACCAACCCAUCCGCAACUCAAACAUCGUCAACCAAUGCGUCUACACAGCAAACUACAACCCUUCAAGUAACAACUCAGUCAACCAUUCAGCAACCAACAAAACAAGCCUCAACAACUCAACCAUCAAUCACCCAACCAGAAACUACUCAACAAUCAACCAGCCAACCAACAACAAAACCAUCAACUACCCAACCACCAACAACAAAACCAACAACUACCCAACCGUCAACAACAAAACCAACAACUACCCAACCAACAACAACACAACCGACACCAACUCAACAACCACCAACUAAGCAAUCAACCACUCAACCAUCAACAUCGCAAUCAGCAACCACUCAACAACCAACCAAUCAACCACCUACAAUAAAACCACCAGCCACUCAACAACAAACUAAUAAACAGCCAACAACACAACCACCCACUUCUCAACCACCAACCACUCAACCACCUAGUACUCAAACACCAACAACGCAACAACCAACAACUCAAUCACCAAGAACGCAACCAACAAAACAAUCACGAGCCUCAACCCUACGACCAACUGCAAUUACAUUAUCUACUUCCACAACUUCCGUAAAACCAAUAUCGUCAACUGGUAAAAUAAAUACUACACCAACAUUGCUAGCUACACCACAAGCAACAAGGGUUGCACCGACGACAGAGCCACCUCCAUUCAAACUUGGAUCCCUGACAACCCAUUGUCACCAGUGUUCAGGUCCGAUCCAGAUCUGUGAACAGAUUCAUUUCUCAAAACCGUGCUUGGCCCCUAACAACUACUGCAUCAAUCGCAUCACAAACCAUUUGGACGGAACAAAAACCGUAAACAGGACGUGCGGUAACUUUGACACAUGCUAUCGUGAUUGGUACCUCGGAACAUCAGAUGAGGACAAAUGUGACGUGAUCAAAAACAACCAACACGUGGACUUCCAGUGUACCUUCUGCUGUAUCCAUGACGACUGCAACGUACCUCUCCGACCUGAUGAUAACAACCUGUACAAACCAAGAAUGACUGGAUACCAAUGAUCACUUUGCUCUUUGCCAAUAAAGCUAAGUUAUAAAUUAUGAUAAACGUUGUUUAAAUACAGUGUGGGAACUAUGUAUACCUUCCCAAUGCAGACCAAAAAUCUGAAAAUAAGCAGAGUAUUAAAUGUGAAAAAUGAUUAUACAGAAAUUAUUUUAUAAUAAUGCAAUCGACGUAAGACAGUUAACUAUCAUGACUGAAUUCUAGAUACACAUCGAUCCUUAAGUGAGUUGUGUUGUUAAGCUUUUCCAAUGCAUGAUGUUACAACAUACAUUUCCUUAAUAUAGCUAUGAAGUAUGUAAAAUAAAAAGAUUUACGAAAGACAA